GUGGCGCUACGUCGCAAACCAGGACUGCAGUUCUACCCGAUUAAGAAGCGAAGAAGAAGAAGCUCCCCCACGACUUUGACUGGGACCUGGUUGUUGUGACCUCCAACUGCAGCUUCACGAUCUAAACCGUAAGUUCAAGAUGACUGGACGUGCAUUUCAAAAUUGGUGGGGCUUGGUGAGCCCUUACUACACAAAGGCAUACCAAGAAAUGUGGGCUGGACUUGGCAUCAUGACCUAUUUGUACUACAAAGUUUCCUACGGGGGCAAGAAGGCAGUGAAGGACAAGCCUGCACAUUGAGCUUCUCACCAUGAUGGACCCCCCCCUGCUGUGAUAUAAUACCACAAGUCUUCAGUCCAGAAGUCCAGCUUCACCUUUGAAUUUUUGUUAAUAUGGAUCAAAUAAAAUUAUCUUCAACUUUGA